AUGGCGUCCACAGCCCUUCCCCCCCUCCCCACCGAACUCUCCAGCCGUGCCGUCUCCAUGGUCGCCGUGUCGACUAUCCUGGAGACCCUGGCCCUCGUCACCGUCACCCUGCGCUUCGUCGCCAAGUUCCGCACGCGCAACAUCGGCAUCGACGACUGGCUCGUUCUGCUGGCCUUCGUCUUCGCCACGGGCCUCUACAUCACCGGCAUGCUGAUCUGCACGAUCGGAUACGCGGGCUACCACGCCAGCGAGCUGCGUCCGGCCAUCAUCGAGCGCUUCCUCCUCCUCGCCUACAUCGACAACAUCUUCUACGCCCUCACCCUGCCCACCAUCAAAAUCGCCCUGCUGGUCAUGUACCGCCGCAUCUUCCCCACGAGGACGUUCCUGUACGCCGCCAUCGCCGUCGGCCUGGUCGUGCUCGCCUGGAUGGUCUCCGUCGUGAUCGCCCAGAUCUUCACCUGCUCGCCGGUGCAGGGGUCGUGGGACCUCGCCGUCGCGGGGGGCCCGCAGUGCAUUGACCAGCUCAAGUUCUACUACGGGAACUCGGUGUCGAAUGUGCUGACGGACGUGGCCAUCCUGUGUCUGCCGAUGCCGAUGAUCUGGCGGUUGAAUCUGAGUCGGCCGAAGAAGUGGGCGGUCACGGGGGCGUUUUUGGCGGGGGGGUUUGUCUGCAUCAGCAGCAUCGUCCGCCUCAGCUACCUCUCCGACAUCAACAACCUCGACAUCACCUACACGCUAGUGGCGGUGGGGAACUGGACGUCCAUCGAGACCCCCCUGGCCGUGAUCUGUGCGUGUCUGCCGAUCCUGCCGUCGCUGUUCCGGUUCAAGGACCCGAAGACGACGAGCUACAACAUGAGCAGUCGCGGCGGGGCAGGAGGGUCGACGCUGAAGUCGAUGCGGAAUGAUCGGUCGCGGGACUACGAGACGCUGGACGACGGGACGCUGGCGGAGAGCGACAGGGAGGAGAAGGGGGUGAAGGUGCAUGAUGUGGUUUGA